UGAUGCACACAUGACGAUGACGCGGUGGUCAGCUGUACGCUUGUUUAGUUCCCUCUGGUUAAUGUUUUGGAUUUAAACAGAUGUUAUCUCUUUCCAGAGGUUUAUUGCUUCGUGUAUUUUGUGAUAGUGUAGUAUUCAAACAGGUUUAGGGAUGAUGGCGAAUGCAUUAGACGGACCAAUAAGUGUAUGUAUUCACGACUUCAGUUAAUCUCACUUCCUCAGCGUUGAGUUUGGGUUAGUUAACGAUGUUAGAGGUGUUAAACAGCUCAGAUCAGGCGUUGGAGGUGGAUUUACUGCUGUGUGAUCAUGAUGUUUGUGACAGUGUUGACAUCAGAUUGGCUAAAGGUUCAUCGUUUAUGUGUUGUUUGGAUAGUGAAGGUAAACUGAGUGUUAUAAACAUCUGUGACAGCAGCUCAUCAGUACACAAACUGCACGAGGCUUCAUACACAAAUUUUUGUUGGGAAGAUCUGUCGGACCACAACAGACACAAUGUCAUCCCAAAUUUGUUGGCUGUGGACUCUCAGUGCAAUCUCAGACUUUAUAAGGUGGACCCACAUGGUGAAGUGGUCCUGGUGUCUGAGGUCUCAUCAGAUUCUCUACUGGAGUCUGUCAAAGACAAACAGUCAGAGACGGCAGAGAUGAGGACUGUGAGAUUGCUGUCUUUCACAGAUGGCCGCUGUUUGUUGCUAGUGAACACUUGUGUUGUGGUCCAGGUCAGAUGGAUUCAAGAGUCCUCACAUCUGGAGUCAUUGUCUAGCUGUCGGCUCAGUUUAACCCCUCAGAUCCAGGACAUGUGUGUCGACUAUCGUCUGUGUCGUGCGAUCCUGUUUGUUCUGCUCAGUACUGGACUGACAUAUGUGUUUGACAGCACUGAUGGUAAACUCAUGGCCACUGUGGAUUUUCUGUCGUACUGCGGUUUAGGACAGACAGACACAGACUCUUCUCCACCCGUAACGUGCUGUCUUUUCCAGAUCUCACAUGACCUCAACACAGCCGUAGUUGUCACCUGCCAAAACCAAGCACUCGCCGUUGAUCUGAAUGAUUACUUCCGGAUGUAUCCAGAUCACCUUUUGUGUCGUGCGGCCCCUAAUCGUCCAUUUCUGAGGCCUGUGGAAUCAUGGGAUCAUGACAGCCUUUCAAGCUCCGCCCACAGCCUUUUAGUACUGGAUACACAGCUCCAAACAGACAGGUCAUGGGAGUCUCGUCUGUCUUCACUGUAUAGCCGCUGUAAAUCCCUGAAGCGUCCGGCGCACGGUUCACCCUGGUACAGAGAUUUCCCACACGUGGAGUGUCAUCGGGCAGCAGCCACUGCUAAACUCUCCCGGCCAUCCGUGAAGCCAGGGGGCGCUGUGAUGUGUUUUAAUGUUCCUGAGAGAGCUACAGCAGCAAUGCUGACCGUGUCCGAGUUCUCCGCGGUGGUGACAUUUGUUGCUCCUGAGAACAGUAACACAUGUGUGGCUUACUGGGACCUGGAGAGUCAAAAUGUCACAUACCACCACACAGAUACACCUGCUGUACCUGUCCAGCGGUCAGCGGAGGAACACCUGUGUCUCUUAAUGAAGAGGUCGGGUCUGUCUGUGGUUCUGUUCUGUGUGACCCAGGAGGAACUCUUAAACAGACUGAUGGUUUUUGGCACAGCCGGGACGGUCGACUCGCUGUGCCACCUAAACACCUGGGGACGUUGUUCAAUCCCCAUACACGCUCUGCAGGCCGGACUGAAGAACCACCAGCUGGACACGGUUGAUUUCUUCUUGAAGAGUAAAGAGAACAUCUUGAGUCCAGCAUCUGGGUUUGUUCUGCCCGAUCAAACGUCAUCGGUCUCCAGCCAAACCCAGCUGAGGAAUAUUCAUGCUCUGUGUCCGGCUCUGGAUUUACUACGAUCUGCCAUUCAAGACACACACACAGAAGCACAGAGUCGACAGUUCUGUGAGCAGUUACUGAGCAUCACGCUGACCUUCCUCAACACACAGAGCAGAGUCCUCCUCACCAGCACACACGAGCUGGACGUCCACCUGCAGGAGUGUGUGCAGAUUUUAGAUGGCUACAUCUCAGACCUGAGGGCUUACAUGAAGAAAUAUCCGUUUCCAGAUGGGGGCGACACUGAGAUGCCCACCCGUCCUCGAGCCCCUGCAUCUGAUGCUGCGACAGAACACGAGUGGCUGUCUCUGUCUGAUGAGGAAGUUGUUCAGCGUGCUGUAUUGAGCAGACAGAUUCCGUAUGCGCAGGCUUUUCUGCGCAGACGCGGCUCUGUUGAAUGCAGUCUUGAGGACAUCAGGAAGACCGGACUGAGAUGCGUCUUCACCUGUCUCACUAACAGAGACCUGCAGCGGGCUGAGACGCUCCUCACAAACAUGGGCUUUAAUGUAAAGGAGCGACUUCACAGUAUCUGUGUUUACACUGCUGACCGAGAUCUAAGAGCUUUCAUGGUUAAAGAGCUUCAGAGGCAGAGUUAUCUGUCAGCUGUGGAGGUUCAACAGGUGGAGUUUAUUAAAACCAUUGAGACUUUAUGUUCAACGCCUGCGACGAGAUGCUCCAAGCCUUUGAACCCCAGCAGGGUUCUGCAGAUGACCCGGUCUGAUCCAGACAGCAGAAGAGUGCUGGAGAAAAUCGUAAAGGAACCAGACACCUCCUCCAGGUCUUUACUGGAUUCUGUGCGUCUGGACUGGGUCAGAUACUGGGACACAGACACACAGAGUUUUGUUCUUCUGUCCAGACUACAGGACUCAACUGUGGGUACGUGUGACCCCGUCGCUCUCUGGUCGUAUCUCACUUCUCUUCACGAUUUGGGCCGGGUCACCUCGUGGGUCUGCAGUAUGACAACAGCAGAUACAGAGACCACUGCCCCCUGCUGGCCUCUACUGACGCCACACAUCAUCAACAACUACAGUCGGUGCGGGGAAUACUUGCAAAAUCAAAUCCUGGACCUGCUUGCUCGACAGGAGUUGUUUGUCCAAUCAGAGAUGGAUGAUUUUGAGCAGUUGCUAUGGCGAUUGGCUCAAGCUGGAGGAGUGAUGCAGGAUGGCCCACCUGUCCCACAAUACCUUUCUUCACAGGGUCAAGAGUUUCACCAGCGGUUUAUUCUGCACUGUCUGGAGAACAGUCUGCAGUAUUUACUCUACACGUACCUGCAACACUACAGGUUAACUCCUGGGAAUUGUCCGGGUCUGACUGACAGGAACCUGUUGGAAAGUUUUCCCUGGUUUGAAAUGAUGCUGAAAUUACAGCGAAUCACCAGAGAUCUCAAAGAUCCGGAGCGAGUGUUCAGAGCGAGUCUGACUGGAGCUCAGGUCUUGUUGCCCGGCAGUCAGGCGAGCAUCAGCAGUAUGUUACUGGAGGGUCACAGUCUUCUCGCUCUAUCUACAAUCAUGUUCAGACCGGGCGGCAUUGAUCAGGCAUUGCGAGAAGGAGAGACGGGUCAGGACCCUUUGAGUCGAGUGGAUCCUCAGCUGUUGAGAAUGGCUCUGAGUGCGUAUCCCAAACUCAAAACGGCCCUUUUCCCUCAGAUCAGCCCUCGUGGGGUCUCCGUCUGUGAUAUAUCUCUCUAUCACCUCAUGCAGUCUUUGCAGCCAUUGGAUUCCUCCAGACUGUUCAGCUGGCAAGCAGGGAACGCAGUGGGCAGCACCGAAACGUCUGGCGAGCCGCCCCAUUUCUCCAGCUCUCACCUGGUCAACAAAUUUGCUAUCAUUGAGAAUCUGGACUAUCUCUAUUAUCUGAGUCACGGUCGCCCGGCGUUUGCCUAUGCGGUUUUUCUGACACAACAUCUCAUCAACUGCAGUAAUGCAAAGUUACAGUUAAGUCAAGCUGUGGAGCAGGUCUUCUCUUUAUCUCUGUUAAACUUCAACACUUCAUCUGUGACGGCGGCGUGUGUGUGUUUCUGUGAGCUGUUGGGUGUCUGUAGCCUCAAGCUGAGGGUGGAUCUUAAAGUCCUCAACCUCAUCCUUAAACUGUGGAGACAGGACUGCGAGGAUGGAGACAGGGCUUCCAUCAAACAAACACUCGUGGAAAAGGCCGGUAAACUGAUCUCCCAUGAGAAACAGACGGCUCAGGAGCUGCUGGUCCAUCUGGAGGCGGCAGUCAGAGAUGCUCUGGAGAAGAAAGCCAUCAGUCGGUCGUCAUACGAGGCGGCACACGAAUGGGCUUUACCUGUGCGGUUCUGUCACCUUCACGCUCUGCCUCUUAGCUCCGCCUACCUGCAGGAUUGUGCAUGUGAUGGACAGUGGAUUAACUUCCUGUUGUUUGUACAGCUGCACAAUUAUCCUCCUGAACAGGUAAUCUCUCUUGCUGCCGGUUUCAGUCCGGCUCUGCAGGCUCAUAUCUCUUUGGCAUUUCAAGACCUUCAGCCGAUGAGCUCUCAUCAGAUCAGAGAUGAAAACCCAGAACCUUCUCGAGAAGUGUUUCAGGUUCUGCUCAACAGCCAAGAGAAACCCAAUCCCUGGAGAUACCUGCUGUGUGAAGCCGUCCGUCAGCACGCUCCUGUUCUCUCUGUACUGGCCGCCUGCCAUCAGGGUGCAGAUCUGCUUCAGUGUCUCUGUGUUUGGAUACUGACGUCUGUAGAGGAUGAGAUCUCUGAGGAAGCAACGGCACACAUCAACGAGAACCCCAGCCAUCACACCUGGAACCUUCAUGAUCUGUCCAUCUUAUGGAAGACCCUCCUCAACAAGAACAGGGUCAGGCCUCUGAUUCGUGGCUUUCAGCUCUUUCAGAGGGAGUCUCCAUUGAUUAACAUGUUAAGCAUGUAUGAACUCUGUUAUGACUACAAAGAUUAUCAGAAAGCCAAAGACAAACUUCUGCACUUCCAGAAAUGUCUGCUCAACUUGAGGAGCAGCAGUGUUGUGUUGAGUUGUGAUGUUUUGCCGGUUCAGUGGGUGGAGUCUCAAGCGUCGGUUCUUCUGUUGGUUCUCCUGAAGCAGUGCAGAACUCAAUAUGAACUCCGGCGUCUCCUGCAGCUGCUGGUGGACAUGGAGCGUCUACUCAAAUCCAACGGUCCAGACUUUAAGAAGCUCAGUCAGUUGAGUCAGGUGCUGUCGGACACACCCGUGCUGCUGUCUCCGUGUCUUCUGGAAGAUUAUUCCACCUCCGGCCUGCAGGGGGAGUGCAGGAAGAUGCUUGAACAGCUGCAGGAUAUGGGGCUCUUCACGCAGGCGAGGAAAGUUGCGCAGUUAGCUGAGCUGCCCAUCGAUUGCCUGAUUAUAACUGAGCUCUUGCGAGAUCUGUCUGCUCUGAAAGCCAAGCGUCAGUGGGACAGACAGGAGACUCGUCUGGUGUUUUGGAGAAAGUGUCACCAGCAGCUGAAGGUGGAUCAUGUGGAUCCAGAGGCGGCCUGUCAGUUCUUUCUAUCUCAGGCUGAGGAGCCGUUACAGUCGGAUUCAGAAGCCAUUCAGCUUCAGGAACGCUGUCUCCUGUUGGGUCUGGCGGGUCAUUGGUUGUCCUGCCGUGAGUCUCCGCUGCCCGUCCUGCGUCUGGCACAGCUGGAGAAACGUCAGUGGGAAUAUCGAAUCCAAUGGCUGGUGCUUCGUACCGCUUUGGAACAAGAGAGUUUGUUUGCACCCUCCGCUCUCUCCGAAGAUUCGUUCGAGAACCUCCUAAAAGAGUUUUCUUUUUCCAAAAUGGCCGCCCUGAACGACCAGAUGCAUUUGAGCGUAGAGGGUCUUCCGGUGACCGAAGAAGACUGCGCGCUAUCUGAACGUGACCGUAAAGCAUUGAGUGCUCUCAUUGGCCAGCUGCUGAACGAGGGGAGCGUGAAUGAAGCCAGUCGCGUGUGUCGGUACUUUGACUUGUUUCACAGAGAUGUGUGGCUGGUUUUGAGAUGUCGUGGUUUGGCGUGUGGAGAUCUCCAGCCUGGACCGCAGGAACUUCACAGCCCGGAAGGAGAGUCGAAACGCAGUUUACCAUUAUCCCCCAGUAUGAGCAGUCUGUCAUCUUUUGUGGUGGUCUCAUCUCCUGAAGAUCUGGUCCUGGUUCAGCUCAAACAGCUGGUGGAUCAGUGCUGUCACGGCAAGAGUUACUGCAAACAAGUCCUCAGCCUUUAUGAGCUUUCAAAGGAGCUUCAGUGUCCAUACACAGAGAUCUCAUCUCUAGAACCCGAGGCGGUUCUGUGUAAGGUUCUGCUCUCGCAGCAGUCUGAUCGCUGUAAGAGAGCUCAAGCGUUUAUCAGCGUUCAGGGUCUGCAGCCCGACGCCGUCGCUCGGCUCAUUUCUUCAGCUGUGGUCGAGGGUCUGCUCGGUUCUUCUCAAGAAGGUGAAACAGGAGACCAUCUCAUGUACGGUCCGGUGGACAGCAGAGAGGAGUUCAUUCAGCUGGCCAAACUGUGUGGAGACCCAAAUCUGGUGGGAAUCAGACUGCUGGAGAUCAUCUCUACGGUUCCUCUGUCAGAGCUCAGCUGCAUUGUGGAGAUUUUGAUUUUAGCUCACGAUUGCUUCAGUCUCACGUGUAACAUGGAGGGUAUCGUGAGGGUCCUUCAGGCGGCCAGACACCUCAGUCACACACAUCUGGCUCACGGUGAAGGUUAUGGACUGCUGGUGCGUUUGCUCACGGGUAUCGGCCGCUAUAAUGACAUGACUUACAUCUUUGACCUGCUUCAUCAGAACCAUCGCUUUGAGAUGCUACUAAGAAAGAAAGUUGAAUCGAAUGUAAGACUGAAGACGGCUCUGUUGGAUUAUAUCAAGCGUUGUCUGCCGGGUGACAGCGAGAAGCACAACAUGGUCGCUCUGUGUUUCAGCAUGUGUCGUGAGAUCGGAGAAAAUCACGAGGCCGCUGCGCGAACACAGCUCAAGAUCAUCGAAUCACAGCCGUGGGCGAUCACUGGAGAUCUGAAGAACGCUUUAGUGAAAGUUAUGACUUUACUGAAAGAUGCAGCUGAGAGUUACUCAAAGGACUCGUGUGUGCGUCAGGCUGUUAAAUGUGUUAAACUGGCUAAACUGGUCACUCUUCAGUUAUAUUUUAUGAAUCAUGGACAAGAGCAGCGCGUCAUCAAUCUACGGCCAGCUGAACUUCACAGUACCAUUGUGACUUUACCGCGCUGUUACCAGGCGUUUGUGUUAGCUGAAGCGUACGACUACAGUCCAGACUGGGCCGAGGUUCUGUUUCACAAGAUUAUACUGAAUGGAGAAUUCAUCUAUCUGGAGGAGUUUAAACGUCACAGAUCGCUGCCCACCAGUCUGUUUGAGGAGAUCUCCAAAAAAAUGUUGCAUCACAAUCCGCCGGCGAGUUCCAGUCAGAAUCUGAAGAAGCUGUUAUGUCAUUGUGAGGACGUUUAUGUGCAUUAUAAACUGGCCUAUGAGCACAAGUUUCUGGAUGUGGCAAACAUGCUGCUUCAAGACUCUAAAACCAACAGCUUUCUGAAUGACAGACUGGGCACAUAACAUCAAUUAAACCUUUAAUAACUCUGAAAUCUGUGUAAAUACAAAUGUUUAGCACUUUAAAUUGUUUGUACUGGACAUAAAUUCAUCUAAUCAUGAUUGUAAUCCUUUGAAUGUUUGGAAAUGUAUUAAACGUUCAGAGGAUUUUCUUCAGUUUA